AUGGAUCGGUUAUCGAGAAUGCUUGCCGCCGCUCAGGGCAUGGGUGGUGGCGGUAGUGCGCCUGCACAGGUAAGAGAAAUCAUACACUGCAACUGCCAAGUCAUGUCCGGAUGCCGCUGUCGGGGAGGUAUUGGACGCCUGUACUAUUGCCGAGAGGGAGAGAGCAAAAUCUGGAGAAGAUACCAUCACAAUUUGCCGGAGAUUCCGUUCGACGCGAUGAUGAGGCAGAGCCGCGACGAGCUUGCUCGCCGACGUGGAAACCUUCAGCUAUGAUGAUGGACCUUGGCUUCUUCAUCACCUCUGCACCUUCCCAAGUCGAGUGAGCACGACUUCUCCUCACGAAAUACGGCCGGACGGGUUCAUUCAGCAUGAGAUUCGAUCAUGUACAACACUGCAUAGAGAGAACACGGCAUACACCUCUCAAGCAUGGCUCCGGAACCACCUCAUUGGCCACCACCUCCUUAUCCUACUCCCGUCGUGAUAUAUCCCACUGGAGACGAACUGGCGGAUCGCAAUUAUGUCCAGUCAUUUCGGAGAUUAUACCGUCAAAUUGACACCUAUUCGGAGGGUGACUCGCGGCGCCACCUCCAUUAGGCCUUGCUUGUGCCAAAGGUCUUGUUGAGCAAGAUCGGAGAGGUAUAUCCAUUGGGUGAAUGCAGGCGCAUGGCUGGAUUUCAUGUUCCCCGACACUGGAUCAUCUCGAGGUGCCUCAAGUGGCAUUCGGACAUGACCGCGCAGUGACUAGAAUGAAACGGUUGAAAGCUUUUGCUGACAUGGUGGCUGUAUAGGAUACCAACAUCAUUGACAACGCUGAGACAGUCUACAUCUCCUCCCUCGCCCUCCUCAAGAUGCUGCGACACGGCCGAGCUGGUGUGCCCAUGGAAGUCAUGGGUCUGAUGCUGGGAGAGUUCGUCGAUGAUUACACAGUACGAGUAGUGGAUGUCUUCGCCAUGCCGCAGUCAGGAACAGGGGUAUCGGUCGAGGCAGUAGAUCCUGUGUUCCAGACCAAGAUGAUGGACAUGCUGCGGCAGACGGGCAGGUGAGUACGCGUGGGAAAAGCCAAAUUUCCUGAUAGAUGCUGACUCUCUGGGCAGACCAGAGACCGUCGUCGGCUGGUACCAUUCACAUCCCGGAUUCGGCUGCUGGCUGUCUAGUGUCGAUAUCAACACUCAGCAAUCCUUCGAGCAGCUUACACCUCGCGCCGUUGCCGUUGUCAUCGACCCGAUUCAAUCCGUCAAGGGUAAGGUCGUCAUUGAUGCCUUCCGCCUCAUCAACCCACAAACCCUCAUGCUCGGACAAGAACCCCGGCAGACCACCUCCAAUCUUGGCCAUUUGAACAAGCCCAGCAUUCAAGCGCUCAUCCACGGCCUCAACCGACACUACUACUCCAUUGGCAUCGGCUACCGCAAGACUGCACUCGAAGAGGGCAUGCUUAUGAACCUGCAUAAGACUGUCUGGACCGAGGCACUCACAAUGCCAGACUUCGCUGCUGAGGGCACUCGGAACGAGGCGAACCUCAAGAAAUUGGUCUCGCUUGCGGAGGGCUACGAGAAGCGCGUCAAGGAAGAGACGGAGCUGACCAAGGAGCAACUGCGGACACGCUAUGUGGGCAAGGUGGAUCCCAAGAAGCACAUCGAAUCGGUCGGGCAGGAGCUCAUCGAGGACAACAUCGUGUCUGUGUCGAGACAGAUGAUUGACAAGGAGGCGAGCGUGCCUGCUGCACCGACGGAGGCUCUGGGCAGCGCAGGGAAGGCCAUGAAUGGUCAUGCAAACGGUCCUGCCGCAAACGGGCAUCCUCCGGAAGGUGAUGCCAUGGAUGAAGAUCUUUGA